AAAAAAAGAUAGAAAAGAGAACAAAAAACCUCAUCAUCAUCCACCCAUCUUUCUUUUUCUUGCUAGAAAGAAGAACCAAAAUGGUCAAUUAUUAAAAAAAAAAACAAACAAACAAAAGAGUUCCUGUAUUUUGCCAAGUCAUCUCCAUUUCCAAGCUCAACAUAGGGAUCUCAGAAGUCCAAAAUCUUGAUGAAAAAAGUUCAUUAAUAACUCAAAUUUUGAGGUGAUUAUCUGAGUUUGAUCAUCAGAAGAUGGCAGGAAGAUUCUACUGUUACAAAGAUGGGUUGCCAUUCACAAUAAUGGUAACAAUGGAGUGUGUAAAUGUUGGAUUAAAUACACUCUACAAAGCUGCCACUUUGAAAGGGAUGAAUGAACAUAUUUUUAUUGUUUAUGCUUAUGCUAUUGCUGCUCUUCUUCUUUUUCCUGCUCCUUUCAUCUCCUCCAGAUCAAGAGUGCUUCCUCCAUUGAAAUUUUCUAUCCUCUGCAAAAUUGGUGUUCUUGGUCUAAUUGGGAGUUCAUCACAGAUAGCUGGUUACACAGGGAUAAAGUAUAGCUCUCCAACUCUGGCUUCAGCCAUUAGUAAUCUUACACCAGCUUUCACUUUCAUUCUGGCCAUCAUUUUCAGGAUGGAAAGAGUUACUCUGAAAAAACGAAGCAGCCAGGCCAAAGUAUUGGGCACCAUUGUAUCGAUAGCAGGCGCAUUCAUAGUCACUCUCUACAAGGGCCCUGCCAUCAUUAUAGCUUCACCACCGUCUGUUUCACUCAAUCAAACUCUUCAUUCGUCCAAUCCGAACUGGAUAUUAGGCGGCAUUUUACUAACAGUUGAAUACCUACUAGUUCCAUUGUGGUACAUUGUUCAGACACAAAUAAUGGAGGAGUACCCUGCAGAGACGACGGUAGUCUUCUUUUACAAUUUAACCGUAAGCUUCGUAGCAGCCAUUGCGGCUUUAAUUAUUGAAGGACCUUCGAGUGCUUGGAUAGUGUCGCCGAAUAUAGCAUUAGCGUCUAUUUUUUGCACGGGAUUGUUUGGAUCAUGCUUGAACAAUACUAUUCACACAUGGGCACUGCAUUUGAAGGGACCUGUCUUUGUGGCAAUGUUCAAGCCUUUGUCAAUCGCCAUUGCUGUUGCCAUGGGUGUCGUGCUGCUCGGAGAUUCUCUUCAUCUCGGAAGUCUGAUCGGAGCAACCAUAAUAUCGGUAGGGUUCUAUACCGUAAUGUGGGGGAAGUCGAAAGAAGAAAUGAUUGAAGAGUUUUGUACUAAUAGCCUAAUAUCUCCAUCAGCCCAGAAGGUGCCUCUGUUGCAAAGCCACAAAGAUGAAGUGUAGAGCAAAUGGCAUCAAGUUGUGAAUAGAAAUAGAGAGCAAAACUGUAUAUAUUCCAAAUAUAAAUCAACACAAGUAUUUCUAGCUCCGGUACAUGAAGGGCUGGAUUGGGUGUAAUUUUGUUUAUAAUGAAGUUGUUUUUUAGGGUUUAGAGGUCUCGAUUUCGAGUUAAAAAAAGACGUACUAUUUGUCUGCAAGUAUAAAUAUAUAAGGACUCGAUGUAUACGUAAUGUAAUGAAGGGAUUCGAAGCAUACGAUUUGCCUUUA